UGUGUGUGAUGUAUCUGACCCUGAACAGCUGGAGGAGCUGAUGGGGGCGCUGGAGAAGACGCGACACGAGCUGGACGCCACCAAACUGCGCCUGACGUCCACUCAGCAGUCCCUGCGCGAGCGAGACGGACACCUGAGCAACAUGCGCCAGGAGAGACGGCAACAGCUGGGAGAGAUACUGGAGAUGAAGCAGCAGGCAUUACUUGCAGCGAUCAGCGAGAAGGAUGCUAACAUUGCGCUGCUGGAGUUGUCCGCCUCCAAAAGGAAGAAAGCCCAAGAGGAAGUGAUGGCUCUGAAGAGGGAGAAGGACAGACUCAUGCACCAGCUCAAACAGCAGACUCAGAGCAGAAUGAAGCUGAUCGCUGAUCACUACGGCGACGAGCACGUUCCUCCUCUUCCUCCUCCGCAGCAUCACCCGCACCACGCUCACCACGUGUUGCAUCCAGCCAACGCACACCACCGCAACCUGCCGCGAGGCCACGCCCACUCCAACCACAGACCCCCCAUGGACCAGGAUGAUGAAGAGGGAAUUUGGGCAUGAUGACCGCCCUCCACCAGACGCCUUCCUCCACUGCUCGGAGGUUCCUGCACCGAGCCUCAGCUGCAGGAGCCUCAGCUGCAGGAGCCUCAGCUGCAGGAGCCUCAGCUGCAGGAGCCAGCGACCCCACGUCAUGACCGCCAGUCACAAACAAACUCCAGGAGCCUCAGUUUCACUGCGCUGUGGCCAAACUCAGCGUGGACUCGGUCAGACUUUUCUCUUCUUAAGUCACGAUCUCCGUUAAUCACCACAUGAUUGACAGCUGCUCAAAGACCUCAUUUCUCUUUGUGGAAACUGCUUUUUUUUAAAUGAUGAAGUUCUAAAGUGAAGUUUGUCCACCUCUGUAAACACACACAUCAAGAAAAUCUGCGUUUUUAGCUCACUACGACACUGGAGUCUGUGUCACUGAAAUCAAAGGAACUUGUAUGAACUUAGUGACGGAGGCAGCAGAGGGUCAAUCGUUGAAUUUCUCUCUGGUCUUUGGUGUGAGUGUUUUUACAAAGUGACACUGUAGCACGAAUACUCUGCAAAGGCACAUCGUGUUUACCAUCAACACCAAAAGUCGCUGAGUGCGAACUUGGAGCGCGGGCUAACGUGAGCUAACGUGAGCUAACGUGAGCUAACGUGAGCGGUGGUCGCCUGACAGCUGCAGCCGGCUGUGAGUGAACGUUCUCCACCAGAGCAUCAGUCAUCGCUCUGCAGCUUGAAGGUAUUGGCAGACGCUCGACUGCCUCGACUUUCCGAGCUGUUUCCAAUCGACUAUAGGAGCUGGAUUCAUUUUACAGAACCACGGUGCUACAGAGUUCUGGCUCCACAUCAACCAACAAUAACCACUUUGGACUACCAGUGUGGCUGAGCCGAGCCCGUGGAACCAGCCGUAAACAUGUGCAGGCUCUGGACUGAUUUAUGAAGGCAUGAAUGUUCUUACUUCUGCAGCUAUUUUUCAUGAAGUUAAUCCUUUAUUUAACGAGGAAUUCCCUCAGGAUUGUUGGAGGCGGAGACUUUUGUAAAUAUCACAACACUGGACAUCAGAAAAGCCCGCAGAGACCUUCUUGAUGUACCGUGCCAAAGGAGAUGCUCCUGUGAAUCCUCUGAGAGGAGCAUCAAGACAAAAAGGGAAAUUCUGCCUGAGUUUGAGGAUCAGUUUCCGCCUCGUCUUUAUCGAACUCUUUGGACGUCAGAUGUCGUCGUUCUCUUUGUUUUCUGUGCCACUUUUCUUCAGCUGCGUGUGACUUAUGGUUCUGAUAUUUAUUGAUUUACUGAUCCUGUGAAUCUGAAGUGACUUGCAUUUUAAUAGCGCCGUGUUGUUACUUCUUUUUUUUACCGUACAGGAGGCGGAGCUUAGGAGAUAAUUAUAUAAACUGUACUUUUUUGUUGUUGUCUGAUCAACUUUCCCACACGCGUGAACUUCAUUCUUACUUAUUUUGUGAGGUCAGCUGUUUACACAUCUACUGACUUAAAGGGAUAGUGCAAGGUUUUUUUUGCUGAAGGAAAAGCUCAUAGAAUCUCUGCCAGCUUAACUCUACGAUAUGUUCAGCAUGUGUUUGCUGCUUUAUCUCGUCAUUAGUCAGCUUUUUCUGCACUCACUCUCCCACACCAAACCCCAUAGAGACGGAAAACAGGAGCUGCUGC